AGACACAGCUGAUUUUCACCGGAAGGAUUCUCUGAUUUCAAAGCUUUUCAGAGAGAAGACAAAAGGCGGACUUCGAUGGUGGAUGCGAAUCAGGUAGCUGAGCUGAGACGAUUCAUCGAGCAGUUGAAAUCGAAUCCUUCGAUUCUGCACGAUCCUUCUCUGAUUUUCUUCAAAGAAUAUCUCCGAAGUUUAGGAGCUCAAGUUCCGAAGAUUGAGCAAACUGAAAGAGAUUAUGAAGAAAGGGCCGAGACAAAACCCAGUUUCUCUCCUAAACAUGAUGAUGAUGAUGAUGAUAUUAUGGAGUCUGAUGUUGAACUGGACAACUCUGAUUUAGUUGAACCAGACAAUGAGCCUCCUCAGCCGAUGGGAGAUCCUACAGCUGAAGUGACUGAUGAUAAUAGGGAUGAAGCUCAGUUAGAGAAGAGCAAAGCUAUGGAGGCAAUCUCUGAUGGGAAGUUUGACGAAGGUAUAGAAUAUCUAACAAAAGCCGUCAUGCUAAACCCUACUUCAGCAAUCCUCUACGCCACUAGAGCUACUGUGUUUCUAAAAGUUAAGAAGCCAAAUGCUGCAAUUCGUGAUGCCAACGUGGCUUUACAGUUCAACCCUGAUUCAGCUAAGGGGUACAAGUCACGAGGUAUGGCUAGGGCCAUGUUAGGCCAAUGGGAAGAUGCUGCAGCUGAUCUACAUGUAGCAUCAAAAUUAGAUUACGAUGAGGAGAUAGGGACGAUGCUUAAGAAGGUUGAACCCAAUGCAAAGAGAAUCGAAGAACACCGCAGAAAAUAUCAACGCCUGAGGAAAGAAAAGGAGCUCCAAAGGGCUGAACGCGAGAGACGACAACAGCAAGAAGCCCAGGAGCGAGAAGCUCAGGCUGCACUCAAUGACGGACAAGUGAUUAGCAUCCACUCAACAGGCGAGCUAGAAGCUAAGACAAAGGCCGCAAAGAAGGCAUCGCGUCUGCUCAUCCUUUACUUCACAGCCACAUGGUGUGGACCGUGCCGUUAUAUGUCUCCUCUAUACUCAAACCUGGCCACACAGCACCCAAGAGUCGUUUUCCUGAAAGUUGACAUAGACGAGGCCAACGACGUGGCUGCUUCUUGGAACAUUAGCAGCGUCCCAACCUUUUGCUUCAUCAGAGAUGGCAAAGAGGUGGACAAAGUUGUCGGAGCUGAUAAAGGUUCGCUUGAGCAGAAGAUUGCACAGCACUCUUCUUCUAAGUAAUGGUUUCUCUCUUCAGUCAUUACCCUCCUCUGGCUUGUUCUAUAUCUUUGCAAUACAAUUGUUGUCCCAUAAUCUAAAAUUGUAGCAUAGCUAUUAAAGUACUUGUAAUUGU